AUGUUGGGGUCGUCUGCUACAAACACAGUCAUACAAAUUACAAACUUAAAAAGUUGCAUUGAAAUAUUUAUUCCAAGAAACAACCAUGUUAGAAAUUUCUGGGAGUAUGUAAAUAUGAUGUUCAAUAAGCCAGACACAGACCGAAUCAAACAAUUUGGUCCAGACCGCGCUUGUGCCGAAUGGGUAUUACGAAAUGGUGGCAAAGUAGUUUGGGCCGGUGGAAAGAGAUUAGCAGAUUACAACUUGUUACCACCAGAAAAACAACAUGUUCCAAAGUUGGUAGAGAUUGAUGGAACGGAUUCGUCUAUUUCACAUUAUGGCUUUCCACAUUUAAUUGGAUGCACACAGUUAAGCAGAGUCAUCCUUCACAAUAGCAACUAUAUCGAUGAUAGAGCAUUAAAAGGACUCUCCUACGGGCGUGACACAAUAACCCACCUUCAAGUGUCCAAGUGUAUCAAUGUCACAGAUGCAGGAAUAAAAGAAUUAAAAAAUCUUCAUAAACUAGAAACAUUAAUUCUUUUUCACUUGGAGAGUGUAACAAAUUUAGAAGAGUGUAAACUAAUUAUUCAAUUGCAUUUACCUAGGUGCAAAAUUCAAGGUCUAAAAGAUGGAGUGCCUAUAAAUGAAAAACAAUAAUGAAAAGUCAUGCCAUUUUAUCUACUUACCUAACAUCAUUUUGAAAAUUUACAUACAUAAUAUAACAAUGUAAAAUUUGUUUUUGUAUUCUAUAUAUAAAAUUUAAUUAACGAACUUUAAAUACAAACUUGAACAGUGA